UCUUCUGCUGGUGCUCAAGUCAUCAUCAUAAUGUCUAAACGAGUCAAGAUCGAUCACACACGACCCGCACACAACAAAGCAUGUGCAAGAUGUCGCACCCGGAAAAUCAGGUGCGACGGUCUAUGGCCGGCUUGUUCGUCGUGCAGGUCGGUGCGGGUGCCAUGCUUGGGCUUUGACACCACGCUGGAUAGAGAGGUGCCCCGAAGCACGACAGCCUACCUAGAAAGCAAGGUCUCUGCUCUCGAAGAGAGAAUAAAAGCGUUA